ACGCAGCUUCCCGUCUCUGUAGUCCACCUCUACAGCAUGCAAAUUACUGAGCAACUCCAAUAUAUCGCAGAUUGGUUAACUACACAGAGCGCGCGGCGCGGCGCAAGAGCUGGACACCGUGCGCGCCUUCAUCUGUCACAGUGGACUGUAAAAGAAGAACAAAUAGCCUCUUUUUAACCGCAAAACUGUUUCUUUUUCAGCGGCUCGAACCCGCAACUUAAUCAUAAUUAAUUGUGGUGGAGGCUGCGGGAGGAGGGAGACACUCAAUCAUCCCGGGACCGGAGUGAAACCUCACCGAGAGAGAGCUGCUCUCUCCGCGCAAAGGGAAUAAUUAGUAGCCCGUGUGUGACAGCGCUGUCAAAGAGAGACUGUGGAGCCGAGAGGACAAGUGGGGACUGACGGACCUCUGUGAAGUUUCUCCCGUGUGUCACUGUGUGUUUUUAAAGGAGCGGAGAGAAAGUGUUGUGGAGGUUAGACCCUCUCAAUGCGUCUCUUCCCCCAAUCUGAUGGACUGAGUACGGUGACAUUUGGACUAGCCUGCCCCUCUUUUCAUCAGUUUUAGACGAUAUCUCAGACCGAAAUGCUGCCCUGCAUCAUUUUCAUCGGCUUGUUUCUCACCACGGCCCGAUCCCAAGAUAUCCAUCCCUCAGAGGCAUCAUCCUCUAUUAGUGAGUCCUGUGACUCCUUGUGUUCCUGCGAGGGAAAAGAUGGCAUCCUUCAUCUUAACUGUGAGCAGAGAAACAUCAGCAAAAUCUCCCAAAUCAAAGUCCCGUCAGGUGUGCCCUUCCACCUGAACCUUUACAAAAAUGACUUGGUUGAGCUCCGCGCCGAGGAAAUGGAAGGGCUUAAGAAUGCCCUUUCACUGCACAUCGGGGGUAAUAGCAUACAAGAGCUGGAACCGGGGGUCUUUAGCACUCUCGGCUCGCUGAAAAAACUCCACAUAAAUAGCAAUUUCCUCGUCACUCUGAAAGAGGACACUUUUCAAGGCCUGGUGAAUUUGGAGUUCCUCCAAGCUGACACAAAUUUUAUUCGGGUCAUCGAGCCCGGGGCCUUCAACAAACUGAUCCGCCUCAAGGUCCUUAUCCUCAAUGAUAAUUCCAUCGAGUUUUUACCCAACAACAUUUUCCGGUUCGUGCCCCUCACCCACCUGGACUUACGUGGCAACAAGCUCCAGACACUGCCUUAUGUCGGCUUUUUGGAGCACAUCGGACGGAUCAUGGAGCUCCUCCUGGAGGACAACGACUGGCUCUGCGACUGUGAUAUUUUACACCUAAAGAUCUGGAUGGAGAACAUGAGGGCCCAGUCGGCCAUCGGGGACGUGGUCUGCAGCACGCCACAUCACCUCAAGGGGACCAUUCUGGCUAAAGUGAAGCGGGAUGUUCUGUGCCCAUCCCACGCAGAUAUUAACCUGGAGGAGCCCUCAAAGUCACUGGAUAUGGUUGUUACUCCUUCAUCCAAAGUGUCUCAGAGCCCCAAGUUGAUCGACGCCAAAGAUGACGCCAAGGUACCGACUCCGUCUCACAUUCCCGGCAGCCCUUGUGUGGAGCACUGUUCUUGUCACAAUCACCCUGUGGCUGGCUUUUUGAUGCAUUGUCAGGACAGAGGGAUUCAAAAGGUUUCAGAUAUCGGAAUACUUCAGCAAAGCCCCACUAAACUGGUCAUGACAGGAAAUAUGAUCCAGAAACUGUUGAAGUACGAUUUUGUCACAUAUGACAGUUUAGAAUUGCUCAACCUGGCCAACAACAGAAUUGAUUACAUCGAUAAUGAAACUUUCCUCAGCUUGAGCAGCUUGAAAAAACUGUAUUUGAAUGGCAACCGAAUUGAAAAACUGUUCUCCACAAUGUUUGUGGGGCUCCACAACCUUGAAUACCUGUAUCUGGAAUACAACCUUAUCAAAGAGAUUGCUCCAGGCACAUUUAAUCCCCUGCCAAACCUGAAGCUGUUGUCAUUAAAUAACAACCUGCUCAGCUCUCUUCCGGCGCAGAUAUUCCGCAAUGUGCCCCUCACCAAAUUAAACCUGAGGAAAAAUCUACUUAUGCACCUGCCAGUGAGCAACGUGCUUGAUCAACUCGACUCGCUGGAGCAGAUUUAUUUAGAGGACAACCCCUGGGACUGCAGCUGUGACUUGCUCAGCCUCAAACAAUGGGUGGAGAAACUCAGAAAGGACACCGUGGUGGGCUCCAUUUUGUGUCACACCCCAAAGAAAGUGAUGCAGGCUGAGCUCAGGAGCCUCCGUCAUGAGGUCCUGUGUCCCGGGUUAGGGACCUACUACCCCAUGUCCCCAGGUGGGGAGGAGAGCGUGACAGCCACGCUGGGGCCUGACAGCUCUGGGAAGGGUUUGUUCAGCUCACUAACGGACACUGUCCCCCUCUCUGUGCUCAUCUUAAGCCUCCUCAUGUUUGUCCUCAUGAUUAUAUUCUGCUCAGCCGGCUUGGUGGUGUUUGUGGUUCACCGGCGGCGGAGAAGAGCAAAGAAAAAAGCAGCCGAGGAGCAGCCCAGAGAGAACACCAGCAGCAGUCCCAUCCACUUACACUACAGCAUGUACGGGCAGAAAACCACACACCACACUCUGACACAGAGGACCGGCUCGGCCAGUCUGUACGAGGAGAGAUCACACAGCCCCAUCGUGCAGAUCUGCCGCAACCCCACCUACUGCUCCCAGCACAAGGAACACGACACGGAUUUGGAUUACGGCCUCGACGAACCCGGCGCCAAGCACCACGUCUGCCGGAGCAUCAUGGAGAAGGAGAACACGUCCCCGCUCACAGGAAACCCCAGCUCAAAGUUCCGCCCCAUGACCGGGGAGUGCCCCGCCGAGUUCGUCACCCUGGGAAACCCCAACUCCCUGUACCGGAAUAUUCUGGAGAGGGAGAAGGAGCUGCAGCAGCUGGGAAUAACGGAGUACCUUCGUAAAAACAUGCCCCAGCUCCAGUCUGCUGUAGACAUGCAGGUCCCGGGGCACCAGGAGGAGUUAAAGCUAAUGGAGACAAUUAUGUACUCAAGACCACGCAAGGUCAUGCUUGAGCAAACUAAGAACGAGUACUUUGAACUAAAGGCUAACUUGCAUACUGAGCCGGACUACUUGGAGGUGCUGGAGCAUCAAACUGCAUUUAACUGAGCUUAAGCAGAAAAGAAAACAACUAUAUAUAAUAAGUUUUCAACCAAGUGCCUUGUCCUGUUUGCCCUCCUGUACUUUCCACAGUGUGAAAUAUAUAUCAUGGGCACAUCACUUUAAGUUUAACUGUAGCACAGAAUGUAACUGGUUUAGUUUAUCUGUUGACAGCCAUGUUAUGUAGCUGGUGAUAGUCAUUUUGGCCAAAUGUAACUUAAAGAAGCUGUCGCAGUGUGUUUAGCGGGCCGGGGUUGAAACCCUCCUCGAAAUCAACUCAAUCAGCUUUUGAUGAUUGAUUAAAUUUCCAUGCCACCAAAUGAAUUGAUCCGCACAUCUGACAUCCUGAUGGGAUGCAGCAGAUGUUUGAGAAAAAGUGAGUGAUUUUCAAUCACCACUUGACCCAGAAACGCUGUCUUAAUCAGUGGAUCCUGACUCUGGGUCUGACCUGAUUACUCCCUCUGUCAACAGAAGCCAGCUGGAAUGCUGUAACCAGAAUGCUCAUUGUGCCGUAGAGUCAGCGAAAUGCCAACUGUACAUUGGUAAACAGUGAUAGGAGUGUGCUAUUUUCUUCUCUGUCACUUCUUUUGAUUGAUCCAAUACACUGCACAGUUGCAGUCAUAGCUCCUUUAUUUAUUUUUCUACAAACUGGUGACAUUUACAAAAAAAGAAAAUCAGUAAACACAGCACUUAAAGUAUAAUAUACACAACUGUAAUCUUGUAAAAAUGCAUUGCACUAAUCAAAUGCCAUAAGAUGGUGCAUGACAAUCAACAGAGUCCUGCUGAAACGUUUUUGUUUUUAUUUCUGCCAGAAAAAAUGAGCCACAAAUGUGUAUGAUUUAUCUCAGUGUGUGUGCGAGUGUAUGUGAGGUUGUGUUUCAUGUCAUUAUUUUACGUCUGACAAACAGCAUUUAGGAACGCCGCUCCUUCCUCAUGCUGGUUGGCUGGUUUGGAACUGUGUCGAACUGAUUCAAGGCGGGGCAUAUUAACCUGUUAGCACACCAUUGGUUACUGACGAGCAGCUUCAACAAAACGCUCCAGUUUCCUAUGCAGACAACCUGCCCACUGACUUCAGCCAACUUUUAUCCGCUCAUAUUAAAGCAAUGGACUGACAUUUGCAAUGUGGACAUUGUCAGAAUUUGCACCACACACUCCAUCCAUACUGUUGGAAACUUUGAAACGGUUCAUGUAAGCACACACUCUGUAGCUUUUCUACUUAACUAGAUUUAAUUAUUUAUUCUGUAUAUUUUGUAUAUACUUAUGUUCCAUUAUAUCUUUGGUUUUUGUGUGCCUUCAGUGCUGUACAGAAUAUAAACAGAAGUUGUAACUGAUAAACAGGAAAUAAAGAGUUGCAAUAUUACAUAAAGUUGAAUUUAUGAA